AUGGCUAUUACUUUAGAGGACUUGAAAGCACUAUUGAGGGAGCAAAAAGAGGAAAUCUUUCAGAAUAUAAACGAAGCUACAAAUAGGGUCAUCAAAAACACCGAUGAAAAAGUAGGGAUUAUUUCUGAAAAGGUUGAGAAACUAGAAAAAAUGGUGGAAAUGCAGGAAACGGUUAUCCAAAAACAAGAAGCUAUGUGCCUGAACCAAGAAAAAAGAAUUACUCAGCUUGAAUUAGGUUUGAGGAAAAAUAAUGUGAUUAUGUUUAAGGUAGAAGAAACAGAAAAAAACGAGGAAGAACUCAAUAGUUUAGUUAUUAAAAUCUUAAAUAAUAGCAAUGAAGAUUUUAAAUUAGUAUCAAACGAUAUUGAAAGUUGCUUUCGUUUAGGGAAAUCCUCCGAAGGGAAGAAUAGACCAAUACAAUCAAGAACAACUACAACUAAAGCAACAACAACAAAAACAACAACACCAACAACAACAACAGCAACAACAGAAACAACAACAACAGCAGCAACAACAUUAUCAACAACAGCACCACCAACAAAAACAACAACAACAUAAACAACAACAACAUAAACAACAACAACAUUCACAACAACAAAACCAACAAAAACUCCAACAACAAAAUCAACGGAACGAGCAUCAACAGCAACAACAACUACUACUACUACAACAACAACAUCAACAACAACAACCACUACUGCGACAACAACAACUUCACCAACAACAACAUCACUAACAACAAAAUCUGCAACAACAACAUCACCAACAACAACAUCACCAACAACAACAUCACCAACAACAACAUCACCAGACAAUGAAUCAAGAACAACUACAACUAAAGCAACAACAACAAAAACAACAACACUAACAACAACAACAGCAACAACAUUAUCAACAACAGCACCACCAACAAAAACAACAACAACAUAAACAACAACAAUAUAAACAACAACAACAUUCACAACAACAAAACCAACAAAAACUCCAACAACAAAAUCAACGGAACGAGCAUCAACAGCAACAACAACUACUACUACUACAACAACAACAUCAACAACAACAACCACUACUGCGACAACAACAACUUCACCAACAACAACAUCACUAACAACAAAAUCUGCAACAACAACAUCACCAACAACAACAUCACCAACAACAACAUCACCAACAACAACAUCACCAACAACAACAUCACCAACAACAACAUCACCAACAACAACAUCACCAACAACAACAUCACCAACAACAAAAUCACCAGCAACAACAUCACCAACAACAACAUCACCAACAACAACAUCACCAACAACAACAUCACCAACAACAACAGCACCAACAACAUCACCAACAACAACAUCACCAACAACAACAUCACCAACAACAACAUCACCAACAACAACAUCACCAACAACAACAUCACCAACAACAACAUCACCAACAACAACAUCACCAACAACAACAUCACCAACAACAACAUCACCAACAACAACAUCACCAACAACAUCACCAACAACAACAUCAUCAACAACAACAUCACCAACAACAACAUUACCAACAACAACAUUACCAACAACAACAUCACCAACAACAACAUCACCAACAAAUACAUCAACAACAACAUCACCAACAACAGUCACAACAAUACCAGCAGCACCAACAACACCAAAAACAACCAACCCAACAACAUCAACAGGAACAACAACACCGUCGAAAACAACACCAACAACAACAAGCACAACAACACCAACUACAGCAACAACAAAAUCACCAGCAACAACCAGAACUAUAUCAAUAACAAAAGCAGCAGCUCCAACAACACAAACAACUACAGCCGCAACAGGAAUCAGAUACUUAUUCUUUUUGUAG